UGACAACUUAUGGGCUUUCUGGCAAAUAAGAGAACUUUUGAGGAAGCUUCUGCAAAAACAGGAAUUCUCACCUUAACUUUUCAUGGUUUAACAAAGCAUCCAAGAGCACAUAAAACAUCCUAUAUCACCCAGAAAUCAUUUCCAACGGAUUUCUUUUGUUUUAUUUUUCAAUCCUACAAUCACCAAGUAUCAUGAUUUCUCCAGCCGAUGUUUAUCAUGUUGUGGAAGCCACAGUCCCAUUAUAUGUUGUAAUGAUAAUAGCCUACAUCUCAGUGAAAUGGUGGAAGCUUUUCACGCCAGAUCAAUGUGCAGGCAUAAACAAGUUUGUGGCAAAAUACUCGAUUCCACUGUUAUCGUUCCAAGUGAUCUCUACCAACAACCCCUACAAAAUGAACCUCAAACUCAUACUCGCAGACUUACUGCAGAAACUACUUGCCUUUCUGGUAUUGAUAGCAGUUACUAAAGUCAGCUCCCGAGGAGACUUGAAUUGGAUCAUUACUGGUAUCUCUUUGUCAACACUUCCCAACACUUUGAUCCUAGGACUUCCACUGUUGACAGCCAUGUAUGGGGAUGAAGCAGCUGUGCUCCUUUCCCAGAUAAUUGUCUUACAAAGCCUAAUCUGGUACAAUCUAUUGUUGUUUUUAUUUGAGCUCAGUGCCACGAAGGGAGCAGCCCCUGUAACACCAGCAUUAGAAGCCCAAGGUAAGAAUUCAGAGUUUGCAUAUACAGAAAUCCCCCAGCAAGCACAAACAAAAGAAGAAGAGGAAGUGAAAGAGGAGGAAGCAAGAAUCAGGGCUGCAAGGAAAACCAAAACCAAAACCAAAACCAUGCUCAUUCUGUUGACAGUGGGGAAGAACUUUAUAAGAAACCCCAAUACACAUGCAACUUCAAUUGGUCUAAUUUGGGCAAGCAUACAUUACAAGUGGGGAAUCACAAUGCCAGAAAUUCUCAAACAAUCAAUAAUCAUAAUUUCAAAUGGGGGACUUGGAAUGGCAAUGUUCAGCUUAGGUCUUUUCAUGGCGUCACGUGUUAGCAUAAUAGCAUGUGGAACACGAAUGGCAGUGGUAGCCAUGGGAAUGAAGUUCUUAAUGGGGCCUGCCUUAAUGGCUGUGUCUUCAACUGCCGUUGGACUAAGGGGCAAAGUCUUUAGAGAGGCUAUUGUGCAGGCGGCACUUCCUCAAGGAAUUGUUCCAUUUGUUUUUGCAAAAGAGUAUGACAUAAAUCCUGACAUAUUAAGCACCGGGGUAAUUUUUGGCAUACUCAUUUCCAUGCCAAUAGCUUUAGGCUACUACUUCCUGCUAGCAUUGUGAAAAAUGCUAUUUGAACGAUGCGAUAGAAUCUCUGCGGCAUAGUUCUAAACCAGGAAAAUUUAGAGGAGA